AAUUUACAUGACUUAGAUAUACGAAGGACUUGAAACUACUGUCGAUACGAUGAUAUAUGUUUUGUUGUUUAUCGCGUCCUCUAAGGGUUAAAAAGUACAAUGCAUGCUGUAUGAUUGAUACUGAAACGUGUUUAUGUUAAAUAUUUUUUAUCAUUUCGUAGAACAAUGGAGAAAGCAAAAGAAGAAUUCCUUACUUUGGUACAAUCCAUCAACAAUUUAGAUGAGAAAAAAUCAUUUUUGAAAUGGGUUGAAGAUUAUUCACGUGACAGCUACGAAAGCAAUUGUUUUCAUGAGAAAGAAGUGAAAUUUGAUAGGACCAAAGCGGAUGUGUUGUUGUCUUGCAUAAAAGCAACACUGAAAAAAAAACUCCCGUUUGACGCUGUUGUACGGAGUGAGAAAAUUUCUUUUCCUACCUGCGGAGAAGAUGCGAAUUUGAAUGCAACUAACUGCGUGCAUGUAGACGCUUUCCUGUAUGAAGAGGGAGAAGUUGACAAAUUGGUUGAUGAAGGGAAGCUUUCGAACAGUUACUGCAGAGACUGCCAGUCGAAAAAUAUAGCUGAUAUAACUUUCAUAACUCACUCAGCAUCAAAGAAAUGUUUGGAGUUCAUAUUUCGGAAUGCUUUGCCGAAUUUGAAAGAAAAAACUGUUCUUGAUGUUGGUUCUAGACUCGGUGUUGUGUUAUACGCAGCUCACGUGUACUCAGAAGCUCGGGAAAUAAUAGGUGUUGAAAUUAACAAGGAGUUUUGCGAUUUGCAGAGAGAAAUUUUGCAAAAAUUUAAAUUGAACGAUCGAUGCAAACUACUCGAAGGUGAUAUUAAGAAUAUGCCCAAUGUUGUGAAAAAAGCUGAUGUCAUCAUUUUGAAUAAUGUAUUUGAAUGGUUUCUAUCUCCUGUAGAGCAAACGAGUGUAUGGCGGUUUCUAUAUAAAAAUAUUAAAAAGGGCUGCAUAAUAGUGGCAGGUCCACCAUUACCUUCUUCUUUGGAGCUGUUAGAUACUGGAAUUGAUGUCGAUAAGUGGGUGGAAGAGAUUUGUUUUAAUGAUUUAAAUCACGAAGAAUUUAUUGAAGAAAUCGAGUUGAAAUUUUACACAGUGUUGUAACUGAUUUUCUUUUGUGAAAAGAAUAUUAAUGUUA